UCAAUCGGCAACAUGGCGCUGCACGUUCCUACACCGCCUGGCUUCGCUCAAAUGCUAAAACAGGGCGCAAGGCAUUACUCCGGUUUAGAAGAAGCUGUGUACAAAAACAUAGAAGCAUGCAAAGAGCUCGCCAAAACAACCAGAUCUGCGCUUGGCCCUCACGGGCAGAACAAAAUGGUAAUCAAUCAUCUGGAAAAACUGUUUGUUACAAACGAUGCUGCAACAAUUAUCCGGGAACUUGAGGUUCAGCAUCCAGCAGCCAAGAUGAUUGUCAUGGCUUCCCAGCAGCAGGAGCAGGAAUGUGGAGAUGGGACCAACUUUAUUCUGGUGUUCGCUGGUGCACUUUUGGAGAAUGCAGAAGAGCUCUUGAGAAUGGGGCUGUCUGUGACGGAAGUAAUUGAAGGUUACGAAAUCGCAUGCAAAAAGGCCGUUGAAAUCCUACCAGAUUUGGUGGUGGACAAGGUGACGAAUAUGACCGACAAGAAUCAAAUCCUGAAAGCUGUGAGGACGUCUGUCAUGAGCAAGCAGUAUGGUCAUGAAGAUUUCCUGGCACAAUUAAUCACAGAGGCCUGCAUUUCGGUUUAUCCCGAAAAGACCAAUUUCAGUGUGGACAACAUUAGAGUCAUAAAGAUAAUGGGAGCUGGAGUCCUCCAGUCAGAUGUUGUCCAUGGGAUGGUGUUCAAACGGCAAGUGGAGGGUGAAAUCAACAAAGUGGACAAGUGUAAAAUUGCUGUCUAUUCCUGCCCUUUAGACAGCAUGCAGACAGAAACUAAGGGUACAGUGCUUAUCAAGAAUGCUGAGGAAUUGAAAUCAUUCAGUAAAGGGGAGGAAACCAUGAUGGAAGAGCAAAUCAAAUCGAUUGCCGAUGCAGGAUGUACACUGAUUGUCUCUGGAGGAAAAGUGGGAGAGUUGGCUCAGCAUUACUGUAACAAAUACAAGAUCAUGGUGGUACGGCUGUUGUCAAAGUGGGAUCUGAGGAGACUGUGUCGGGCUGUUCAGGCCACAGCCCUCCCCCGUGUGACUGCCCCAACCAAUGAGGAGGCUGGUUACUGCGACCAUGUUUAUGUAGAUGAGAUAGGAGACACGCCAGUUGUGGUCUUCAAACAAGAUAAAAAGGAAAGUGCUAUUGCGACGAUAGUUGUGAGGGGCUCAACAGACAACAUCAUGGAUGACAUUGAGAGAGCCAUCGAUGACGGCGUCAACACCUUUAAGUGUCUCACUAAGGACCCCAGACUGGUUCCUGGGGCAGGAGCCACUGAAAUUGAGGUGGCCAAACAAGUGACAUCUUACGGAGAGAGUGUACCAGGCCUAGAACAGUACGCCAUUACAAAAUUUGCUGAGUCAUUGGAAGCCAUUCCACGAGCAAUAGCAGAGAACACGGGAGCUAGGGGAACUGAAGUUCUGUCCAAACUGUAUGCCAGUCACCAAGAAGGCAAGAAAACCGUAGGAGUUGAUGUUGAUGAGGUAGGAAGUGUGUGCGACACCACUGCUCAAGGUUUGGUGGAUCUAUACUUGACCAAGUACUGGGGGAUGAAGUUCUCCAUGACAGCUGCAUGUACUGUUCUCAAGGUUGACCAGAUCAUCAUGGCCAAGGAAAGUGGUGGCCCUAAACCCAAAGAAAACAAAGGCUGGGAUGAAGACUGAUUUUUUUUUCUCUCGGCUGUCCAUCGUGCCAUAAUUAUUGUAUUCCGUGUCCCACCCUAUCGAUUGAGUGCUAUCUUUAUUCAGUGUCGAUGCUUAAAAAGAAUAUACACUGGUUUAUUCAAAACCGUCGGUGAGAUUUGUGUUUUGUUGUUAC